AUGCGUAAAUGCAAGAUCUUUGUUGGAUCUUCACAUCCAGAAUUAGGUCAAUUAGUUUGUGAAAGAUUAGGUGUUGAACCAGCUCCAUGUACAUUAAAAAAAUUUAGUAAUGGAGAAACUUCAGUUCAAAUUGGAGUUAGUGUUAGAGAUGAGGAUGUAUAUAUUAUUCAAAGUGGUUCACCUCAUAUAAAUGAUCAUAUAAUGGAACUAUUAAUUUUAAUAAGUGCUUGUCGUGGUGGAAGUGCUAAUAAAAUUACUGCUGUAAUACCACAAUUUCCUUAUUCGAAACAAAGUAAAAUGAAAAAGCAUAGAGGAGCUAUAACUGCAAGAAUGUUAGCAAAUCUUUUGGUGAUGGCAGGAGCUGAUCAUGUUGUUAGUAUGGAUCUUCAUGCUAGUCAAAUGCAAGGAUUUUUCACUAAACCAGUUGAUAAUUUAUUUGGUGCACCAACAUUAGCAAGAUGGAUACGUCAUAAUAUAGAUGAUUGGGAAAGUUCAGUUGUUGUAUCAAAAAAUCCUGGUGGAACAAAAAGAGUCACUGCUUUAGCAGAUUCUUUAAAAAUAAAUUUUGCAAUGAUUCAUACAGAUAGAAGAAGAACUCAAGAUGAAUAUACUAAAAAGAAAGCUUUGAAAAAAGCUAAAAUAGUAGAUGAAGAUGGAUUAGAUGCUGAUGAACAAGAUAAUAUAGUGAAUGAAUUACAAACUGCAAGGAUAGUACAAGGACAUGUUGUUGAUGAUGAUUAUCAAUGUAAAGAAGAAUGUAAAAUAAAUAAUAAAGAUUCAUCAUGUCUUGUUGAUACAAAUGGUUCACAUUUAACAAAACCAAAUAUAAUAGAUAGUGAUGUCUUGGGUGGUUCAUAUGAUGUUGCAAAUUCAGAUGAUGAAGAUGAACCUUUAAUUGAAGAAAAAUUAAUUACUUUAGUUGGUGAUGUAAAAGAUAAAGUUGCAAUUAUACUAGAUGAUAUGAUUGAUAAACCAAAUUCAUUUAUUGCAGCAGCAGAACAUUUAAGAUUGAAUUGUGGUGCAAAAGCAGUUUAUGUUGUUGGUACUCAUGGAGUAUUUAAUGAUUCUUGUUUAGAAGCAUUAACUGAAUCAAAAUGUAUUGAUAAAAUUGUUGUUACAAAUACUUAUCCAAUUCCAAAAGAACAAAUUGAAGCAAAUUUAAAUAAAUUAGUAGUUAUUGAUGUUUCUCCAAUAUUUGCUGAAUGUAUAAGAAGAGAUCAUUUUGGUGAAUCAAUUUCUGUUUUAUUUGAUUCUUUAGCUGCUAUUGAAUGA